GUAUGCAACAGUUUGAUAUUGUGGUGGUGGGGGGGAGAGAGCACAAUUAAUAAUUUAAGUACAAAUGUCUAUUUUUUUGCCGAAUUUAUGACGCCAAAUUAAAUGUUGGGGAGCGGGGGUACAUGCCCCCCCCCCCCACUUCCCAUUCCCCUUGAGACAGUUGAGACAAAACUGACAAUGUUAAGCACAUUUCUGAUUAAGAUGCCACUUAUAGUGGACAGACUGAAAGCAAGUGUUGAGGCUGGCUAAUCACGAGGCAUUAAGUCACAAAAGUAAAGUUCCUGCACCAUUUGUUGAUGUACUCAGCAAGUUCUUCCCAAGCUCUUAUUGUAUCCACCCCUGGAGAAAAGGCUGAAACUACUGAAGUUUAUAAAGUACAUUCUUUCUGUCUCUUUCUGGGGAAAUUGCAACACAUUUGGUUCCUUUUUAUGAAGACAUGCCUCAAGGCUCCUUUGCCAAAUGAAUGCUUGCAGUCUGCAAGGAAAUUGGAAUAGGAAUCGGAUAUGAAGUUGAUCUCCCACCUGUCGGUCUGACUGCUCUCAAGCCAUGACUCACCCACUCUUCCCAGCAUAGGGUGGAUUUCAGCUGGUUUAAAAGGACAUCAUUCUUGAAGCAGAAGCUUGUGAUGGAUCCAUGUUUCCUCCUGUCUGUCCGCUUUCUCAGAAUAACAGGUAUUCCAGUAAUACAUAGUUCGACUACCUCUGUUUACCUAUAUCAUCUGCUGAUGGACUUCUUCUGCAUGAGCCCCAGGCUGGCAGUUUAUCCAGUGUGAAAUGCGUGGGGUCCCUGGGACAUGCACACAGCGAUGGGCCUAAGCUUCCCAAUGCUUUUGAUGGCCGUAUCCUGCCUCAGGAAUGUCUGCAUGGCCAUAGAUGAGGACUGUGUGGACCCUGGUGUUAAGGUGGAGUCAGUGUUCACCAUUCCAGGGGAGGCUGCCAUGCUCACCUGUCACAUGGACAAGUAUGUCACAGAUUCCGACAUCAUCUCCUGGCAUAAGAGUAACCCAGAUGGGCAGCUGAGUGUGGACAACCGGUGGAUCCAGGUUAAGAAAAAUAUAAUUUGGAUUCUGAGAAGCACGUUGCAGGACAGCGGCACCUACAUGUGUAUCCUGAGAACUGCUGAUCAGUGCUUCAAACAAGCAACGGUGUUGUCGGUGAAUGAAACUCGACCAGACUGCAGUCGACCAUACCGACCAACUCAACCACUAACCACAGUUGCCAAUGGUCUGCUGUUUUGCCCAUUGUAUUCCUACAUGACUCACCUGGCUACGUAUUCCUUCAAGUGGUAUAAGGGCUGCGAACCCCUCCUGAAUGGGGACAAAUAUUCCAAUGUGAACAAUGACAUGCUUGUGAUAAAGAAUGUGGCUCUCAGCGAUGCCGGAAACUACACCUGCAGAAUGGCAUUUACCCUGGCUGGGUAUGCAGGCUACAUCUCCGAGACGAUUUCGUGUGAGGUGAAAGAUCAAUGGAACCUGCGGCCAAUGGUUUCUGAACCGAUUAAUGAUACAAUCAAAGCAAAUCCUGGCACCUCUUUCAGUAAGACAUGCCGGGUGUUUGUGCCUGGACACGGCGAUCACAUGGUGGAUGUAGUCUGGGCUUUAGAUCACUUGAUCUCUUUGAACCUUUCAGACCGUGUCAACCAGAUUCCCCUGGGAAAAAGCAGAGUGGAGAAUGGGGAGUGGCUAGAAGUCCUACUGAACUUUUCUGAAGUGGAGAAAGAAGACUUCUACAACACAUACAGGUGUAUGGUCUUCAAUGACAAGGGACUUGUUGUCGCUAACUUCACCUUACUGCCUUCAGAACCAAACCACCUCCUCUCUGUGGGCCUGUUCUUUGCCAGUCCAGCUCUGAUCUUCAUCAUUGCCGUCGCCGUGUGGCGGAUCAUUAAAAUCGAGGUGGCCUUGUUGUUCAGAAGCUCCUUCCCGUGUCUCUACCCAGACCCAGGAUGCGAUGGGAAGGUGUAUGAUGCCUACGUAGCUUACCCGAGGUCGUGUGGGGGUGCUGUCUGCAGGGGCGAGACCUGUAGAGCUGUUGAGGAAUUUGCCCUCCGCAUCCUGCCCGAGGUCCUGGAAGGAGAGUUGGGCUACAGGCUUUUUAUCAUGGGCCGGGAAAGCCUGCCGGGCGAAGCGGUGGCAGAUGUCGUCCAACAAAACAUCGGGAAAAGCCGGCGCCUCCUCCUGCUGUAUUCUGCCUUCUCCCUUUCCCACCCGGAUGCCGCUGAGAGUUUGGAGCAGCAGCUGGCCGUCCAUGCUGCUCUCGUGGAGAGUACGGUCCCAGCCAUCCUAGUGGAACUAGGGGAGAUAGUUGACAGCACGGUCCUCCCCAAAGCCAUGCAGUACCUUCGGAGCCAACAAGGUGCAGUGCGGUGGGGAAGGACCAUUGAGGAAGGGGCCAUGGAUAGAGGUCGGGCCUCUGACAGGUUCUGGAAACAUCUGCGGUACCACAUGCCACCUAGGAUCAGCCAGACACGCCCCCUGGAGAAACACUUCUUACUGAACAUUUAGGUCUAGGUGUGCAGUGGAUGAGGAACCAAAUGUGUAACAAAAUGACUGAAAGCAGAGCUGGAUUGUUUUCUAGAAAUCUGAUCAUGCUUAUGUGCCAGACGUCCUUCGUGAAGCUGUCAGCAGAGUGUGUGCUUUUAAGCCAUUGUUUAGUUACACUAGCCGAUUACUUGCAUCAAUUCACACUCAUAUUACAUUGUUUGCUUGGAGUGAUGGGUGGUCUUUUCAACACAUAUUGUAGUCGUGAAUUGUAUUUUCAUGCCAAACAGCAUAGAAAAGUUGGUGUACAGUAAUCGAAAUUGUAGUUUGAAUCCAACUCUUGAGUGGUUACAGGAUUCCUUUUGCCAAGGCAGAUUUUCAGUCAGAUUAAGAUCAGGAUUGUUUGCUGGCAAGCUUAAGGCAGAGCACUUUUUUUCAGUUGUUCUUCUGGAUGUCAAGUCACUUAUGUUUUCUUUGGAUUGUUGUGCCAUUGGCCCAAUGUUGAUCUUUGGCCCAAACCUAGUUUUAUGACACUGGGUAGCACAUUUCCCUCUAAAGUGCCUCAGUAAUCCUCUGAUUUCAUGAUCCCUUUAAUACCUUCAAGGCCUGCAGUACCAGAGGCAGCAAAGCAGCCCCACAGCAUUACGGAUCCUCCACCAUAUAUAUAUAUAUAUAUAUAUAUAUAAGUGUAGGCAGGCUGUUAUUUUCCUUUUAAGCUUCAUUUCGUCAGACUAAAACAAAUCGCUGGUCUGCAUUGUCCAUUGAACAUUCUGCCUGAGGGAUUGUGGUUUCGCUAGGUAGGUUUUAGGUCUCUAGGUAGCCUAGUGGUCUUCAUCUUGCGCUUUACCCUUAAAACCUUUCCUGGUUUAGUGAGUGGCAAAUGGUACGGGUCGAAACCAUCACUCCAGGUUGCCCCGGGUCAGCCUACGUGCUUAUUUUCUUUUUACGUUUGAAGACUUUGCUGAUUAAUUUUCCUCUGCCCACCGUGUCCUUGGAGAUUCCUGACAGGUUCAUGCAGCAAGCUUCUAAGUAGCAUUGCAACCUGCUGAAACAGGGAUGUUUUUAUUGUUAUAGUUUAAUCCUGUACUGUUCUGUAUCAAACAUAUGAGUGUAUUUACACCUAAGCUGUUCCACUACUCAUUUCUUUCAGGAGAUAUUGUACAUGACAAAUGGAAAAUUCAGGGGUGCCAAUAACUGUGACCAGAACUGUACAUAAUGGGUAGUUUCAAGAUGCCACUGUGCCAAACUGCAGGGCUUUUUAAUUAUGGGAUGGCAUUACAGUACUCUAAGAAAAUCCACAUAAGACGGAGAUGUCUAUCCCAGUAGAGCUGUCAUAACUUUCAUUAAAGGUGUAUCAAUCAUUAAUUAAAAAAAUUCCUAAUACAUAUACUGUCGUUCAGGGCUAUUCAACUUUUGUUCAGGUUGGACCAAGUGUUCAUGGUGUUUGUUCCAAUCUUAUAAAGUCCUAAUACAACUAAUUAUUUUGAUUUAAAUGUGACAGUUUUAACCUACUUCAGAUUUGCUUCCGUAAGACACAGGAACACAUUAAUGUUUUACUGCUGCAAAGUAAAGAUUAUGAACUGAUUAACAUCUUGAGAGUUCAUGGGAAUGAGCAUUUCCUUGUAUGAUCUUUCUGCUUCUGCACUGAUCCAUAUAGCAGCUUCACAGAGCGUACUGCGAUUGCCUGCCUAUUCCUGAACCUGUGGUGCUGUGGCUGGGUAUUACAUGGCUACAGUGUUAUUUACAGUUUAUACCAAAUGUACUUGCAAAUUCACAGUAAGUUUUCUGUACCAACACUGCAUGCACUGGUUUAAAUAAGAAAAUAUCUAUGAAAUAGAAGCAUUUUCUGUGAAAAGCAAAUAUGCUUAAGUCUUUUGUGCUUAAGAUCGCUAUUUCCUGAAAUAUUACUCUCAUUGUUCAGAAUAAACAGUAUUGCCAUA